AUGGAUCCUUCUACCCCGCCAUCCCAGGCUCGAGCGAGCCAUACCUUUGUCCCACCACCUUUAGAUGGUUCUCUGUCGCUUCCCGAGAUAUACGAUUAUAAUGCGAUCCACAGUCCGGACCACCUCGUGUUCGUGUACGACGACGACAAUGACGGCGUCAAGAAACUUGUCUGGUCAGAACUGGGCCAGGCAAUGCACAGAGCCGCGUCGGUAGUACGGAGGAAUCUGAAAGAGCAGCAUCGCAGCACGUCGACAGUAGUCGCAAUACUGGCGAAUGUAGCAGACAUCUUCAGUUACUUUACGACGAUAAUGGGUAUCCUACGCGCUGGCCACCAGGCAUUCCCUAUAUCGAUCGUGACCACGACGCCUGCUGGUAUCGCCCAUUUGCUGCAGCAUACACGCGCCAAAUACCUGCUCGUCGGCGUUGAUCCGGUGUCACAAUCCUUAGCCUGUGCCGCACUCCAAGUGCCGUCCAUUGGCGGGACUAUUGGGGAUAACGUUAAAGCCGUUCCAAUGCCCUCCUUCGAGGAACUAUUCUCAGAACCCGAAUACGAGCGCGAACCCGUGCCUCCAAUUCAUCCGCGACAGACUGAUCCAUGCCUCAUAUUGCCAUCUUCUGGUACAACCGAGUUCCCUAAACCGAUUAUCAUAACACAUCAUGCUAUGCUGCAAUGGAAUUGGGUUCCAUAUUGCGGUAGAACGGACCUCUGUGGCCAUCUGCUUUCGGCGCAUGCUUUGGCGAUGACUCAUAUCUUGGGCGCUACCAUGCUGUCAUGGACGGCUAGUACGGGUAUAGCGGUGGCGGGAUUUUCACCAUGGCGCAGCCCUGCACCUCCUGAUGCGGAUGCCAUGAUAUCUGGUGUCGUCAAGACGUCAGCGACAUUGUUGUGUACAGCCCCCUCACUGUUAGAGACGUGGGCCAGGAAUCCUGUCCAUGUUUCAGCAUUGAGAAAACUGUUUGCUGUUACCUAUGCCGGUUCAGCUUUGGACAGACAAAUUGGAGACUUUCUUGCAAGCCAUGGCGUGAAAUUGGUCAAUCUCUAUGGAUCAACAGAAGUUGGUUGUGGUUCUGAGUUCAUUCCGGGUAAACAUCUAUCCCCAUUAUCUAUGCUAGCAGCAGCUGAUUUCUGUAAGAAACUCUCCGGCUCUCGUAUACGCAUUCUGACAGCCGUAAUACAUUCAUCAGAGCAAGCGAUAUCAAAGCAUCCGAUGAUUGAUCGUUGUGUAAUGUUCGGGAAGGGAAGGCCUCAUCCGGGGCUUGUUGUUGAGCCAUCUCGAGAAUAUGCAGUUGAUAUCAAAGAUGGGGAUCUUGUCAGUGAGUACGUUGACGCCAUAUGGCCUCAUGUGGACGAGGUCAACAGCUCCCUACCGGAGCACUCAAGAAUGACAAGAGAAAUGAUUAUUAUUACCGACCCGGCGAAGCCCUUCCAGUACUCCCAGAAGCUGACUCUGCGAAAGUUUGCAGUUUUGCAGGAUUACAAUGAUGAGAUAAACCAGGCUUAUCGGUCUACAGAGGUAGCCCAGCCUUUGCAUCGUCCUGAGAUGUGGGAUCAAGAGCAUUUCUUGAAGCUUGCGAGAGCGGCUGUCGAGAAGUAUAUGCCAUGCUCGCUCAAGGAUGAUGAUGACUUGUUUCAGGCCGGAUGCGACAGCUUGCAGGCAACAUGGAUCCGAAAUAUGAUCUUCCAUUUCCUCCAUCGAUCACUAAAAAUAUCGACCAGGAAUAUACCCCAUACGCUCGUGUACUCCAACCCGACUAUCCAACGAUUGGGCACCUACAUUUGGCAGGUGAUCCAGUAUGGCCAAGCCUCAGUCGCUCUGUCGACGCUUUCUGGCAAGAUCGCGGAGAUGGAGGCGUUGGUUGGGAAGUACACCACUGACUUUCCCGUGCAUCGUCCGGGUCCGAGUCCGAGUGGGGGAGGGAACGACGUGGUUCUGGUGACAGGAACCACGGGAGCCUUGGGAGCGUAUAUUUUGGAUUCGCUGAUCAAUGACCCCACGGUCACGCGUGUGUAUGCGCUGAAUCGCGGGGACACGAAGGGUGCGAGGUCGGUGUACAUCAGACAUGUGGACAGUUUCCGCGAGAGAGAUCUGGAUUGGACUCUAUUGAACUCGGAUAAGCUGGUUUUGCUUGAGGCUGAUUUGACGGUGGAGGGCUUAGGCCUUGAGGGGCAGGUGUAUGAGGAGAUCCGGAGGGAUGUGACGUGCAUCAUUCAUAGUGCCUGGCUUCGGAACUAUGCUGUUUCAUUGUCGACUCUGGAACCUUUAAUUUCCGGAACGCGAAGAUUAAUUGAUUUAGCGCUGGGCUCGCCCCAUUCUGCACCGCCGACAUUUGUUUUCGUCAGUUCAUUAUUGGUUUUCAGGAGUAAGUGUGGCUCCUUGAUUGAUGCUGAGAAUUCGCGUCCGGCUACAGCAAUUGGCUGGGGAUACGCUGAGUCGAAGUGGGUAGCAGAGAGUAUACUGGCUAGGGCAGCGGAGACGACGCCAUUACGCGUCUCUGUGGCUCGUCUGGGACAGCUUAGUGGAGGGUCUAAUGGGUGUUGGAGUCCUAAGGAGUGGUUUCCCUUGUUGGUCAGAUCCGGUCAAGUUGUCGGUUGCAUACCGCAGCUUAAUGGCGUUCUCGGCUGGACGCCUGUCCAUCUAGCUGCCCGGGCUAUCGUCGAAGUGCGGCAUAGUGGUGAACCGUACAUGAAUAUGGGCCAUCCAAACCCUAUGGACGCAUUGGAGAUGUUCCGGAUGGUGAGUGAAGAGCUGGGUGUGCCUAUGGUGCCGUACCCCGAGUGGCUGGCUGCGUUGGAAGCGUCCGUGAGGUCUGGAGAGACGGCUAGUCAUAUACCGUCUCUGGCGAUGAUGGAGUUUUACCGGUCGGCUUAUAGACCGCUGGGGAGCCAGAAUUGCGAUGCGGUUGGAAUUACGCUGGGUGAGUCGGAGAGGGCGAUGUUUGCCUCGUCGUCGAUGCGGGGUCUUGUGGGGAAAACGGUUGGGAAGGAGGAUGUGGAUUUGUGGAUGAGGUAUUGGAGGAAAGUGGGGCUUCUUAUGGGGACGUGUUGA